ACAGGUAGUCGCACAAAGAGAGGUCUUUUAGAAAUACUUUUAGAAAAAAAAAACAAAAAAAAACAAAAGUUUCAAAACAACAACAACAUUUUACGCUAUCAAAAGAUUUCGUUAACUUUUGUAUUCUAAAUUUCUGUGAAAUUUUAAAAAUCUACGAUCAGUGAGUCUACUGUAACACAGCUUUAGGCUUUAUGAGUUAACCCAAUUCCAAUAAAAUAAAAAAAAAAAAUAAAGUGUUAACCUUAUUAUGAAUUAAACAAAAGAAAAAAAAAUCUUGAUUUUUUAAAUAUUUUUGAAAAAUUGAAAAUUGAAAAUUUCAGUCCAAGUGUUUCGUGUUGUUAUCAAAGUGAGAAAGCUGAAACGAUGGAAAAUAAUGUGAAAAAAUAAUAAAAUUCAAAUAUUUCAAAACAUCGAUUGAGAGUGGAUUAUACAUACGAAAUAUACACAUAUUUCGGUGUAUUUAGUUUUCUAUUGGAUCUUCCAUUCCAUUAGAGCGGAUUAGUUUAACAGAUUGAACGAAAGGGAUUUUUUUUACUUUGUUUGGUUUCUGUGAUAUGCUCACUAUGGAACUGCAGUCAUCAGUGCAUCUUCAGCACUUAAACCAUGGAUUACCAACACUGCAAUCACACCAACAUCACCAUCAUCAUCACAGUGGAUUUAUGCAAUCAUCGCACCAUCAUCAGCAUCAAAUUAAUAUGCACGAUGAAAAAUCAACAAAAGGUCACAAAUUGGAAGGAUAUUGUGGAAGUAGCAGCGGAGGUGGUACGAAUUUUUUGCCAACUUCUGCUGCAGAAUGGAUUUCUAUAAAUGAACAUCAAAAUAAUGCAGAAGAUUCUCACAGCUCUCAGGGAAGCAUAUCUGGUGAUGGCCACGGUGGUGUCAAUCAAUUGGGUGGUGUUUUUGUUAACGGCCGUCCAUUACCAGACGUCGUGAGGCAGCGGAUUGUUGAAUUGGCACAUAAUGGUGUCCGUCCAUGUGAUAUUUCUAGACAGUUACGAGUUAGUCAUGGCUGUGUAUCCAAAAUACUAUCGAGAUAUUAUGAGACUGGAAGUUUCAAGGCCGGUGUUAUAGGUGGAUCAAAACCAAAAGUUGCCACACCACCUGUAGUCGAUGCGAUAGCAAAUUACAAACGAGAAAACCCAACAAUGUUUGCUUGGGAGAUUCGCGACAGACUGCUUGCCGAAGGAAUAUGCUCACAGGAUAAUGUGCCUAGUGUUUCAUCAAUAAAUCGAAUUGUGCGUAACAAAGCGGCAGAAAAGGCUAAACACGUUCAUCACCAGCAGCAACAACAACAAACUCAACAACAAUCUAAUUCCUCGGCAGCAGGAGUUGGCACUGCAGGCGGCAGUACUGGCACAGCAGGAGCUAAUGGCAAUAGCACUGGCGCUGGUGGAAGCGGAAGCAGUGGUGGCGGCGUCGGUGGAGGUAGUAAUGCUGGUGCAACCGGUUCAAAUUCUGGUUCGGUUCAAAAUGUUUCUGUUAUAGCUCAUGCUCCAGCCAUGCAACAAAAUCAACAACAACCCCCACAAACACUCAUAAAUCCAGGUAAUGGUUCAAAUCCUGGCGGUGGUGGUGGUAGUAAUGUCGUUAAUGGAAGUGAUGGGCAAGGUGAACAUAGGACAGCUGGUUAUAGUAUAAAUGGAAUUUUAGGUAUACAUCAUGCAACAGACCCUAAUGGAAAUAAUAUCAAAAGAAAACGGAUCGAUGAUCAUGUGAUAUUUUUUUCAGACGACGAAAAUCGUGACAUCAAUAUUCAUCCCGAAGAGGAUAUCAAACGUCAGAGAUUAGCAUAUAGCGGUGAUCAAUUAUAUUCAAAUAUUUGGUCUGGUAAAUGGUGCAUCAAGGAUGAACAUAAGCUCCUGUCCGAAUUGGGGAGUGUAACAACAAAUGGUGGAGCAACAUAUUACGACACGCACAACGGUUUUCCUACAUCAACUGGAACCGAAUCCAUACUUUACGAUAGCAUAACGACGAUUUCACAAUCUCAGAGCUCGCUAUACACACCACCAAUUGGAACAUCGAUUGCUGGUGGUUCAUUGACACCAUUAGCACCAAUAUGUAUGCAGGACAUGAAACUUGGCACAGGAAUGCUUGAUCAAUCCCUAUCACCAUAUCACACAGUUGUUGAAAACGGCCAUUAUGCGACAAUAACAAAUCUCGGCAAUGUCGUCUCACCCCAUGCCGAAACGGUUUCAUCGCCAGGGUUGCCAAUAACAAUUAUAACUUCAGACACUGUAGUACCGGAUAUGCAUCAACAGCAAAAUGGUGGCACCAAUUCAUCAUCGAAUCGUAAUAGUUCUACAAAUAACAACCAACAAUCAGAUCAAAAUGGCGGCGCGGGUAGCGGAAGUGGUGGUGAAACAUCAUCAUCAUCGAGUGCAAAUAACGCAAAUGAUGAUGGUGUUGGUGUUGUGACAUCACAAACAAUGAAUUCAAACAACAAUUUAAGUGUAAAUACUAAUGAAAGGGGAACUUCGAAUGUCUCACCGAGCCAUCACCAUCACGAACAUCAACAAGAUAAUUCAUCAUUGAUAUUAUUGCAACCCAGCAGUCAUAGCAGUGGCGGUUAUUCUUCGAUGUUGCCAAGUUUUAGUCAUUAUUCAACAGGUUGUGGAUCUGUUGUUCCAACUACAGACUACGCGUACAGUCCUGCAUAUCCGCAGUAUGGCAGCGCUUACGGGUCAUACGGGUAUAGCACAACUGGCGGACUCCUCAAUACGUCAUAUUAUUACGAAAGUGGACAAAACCAAACAACUGCCCUCAACCAAGAUAUGCGCUCUCCUCUAGCUGCAACGCGUGCCAAUUCAUUAGCAAGUGCAGCAUCCCCAACAGGCAGUGCUUGCACAAAAUCGGAACCAUCUGAUAUAUUUCUAGUUUAGUAUUCGCUAAAUUCGAAUACCCAAAUUUAAACUAAAAUAAAACUUAUUUAAAUUAAA